AUGGCAGGACCUCCAGCUCCUCCACCACCUCCGCCUCCACCAAUGGGCGGAGGUCGCUCUGCUCCCAAACCACCAACCUCUCCAAUGCAAGGAAGAGAUGCUAUGUUAGCUGAUAUUAGGAAGGGUGCUAGAUUGAAACAUGCCGAGACAAAUGAUAGAAGUGCUCCUAAAGUGGGCGGUGGUGCAGUAGAAUCAUCUGGAAGUAGUGGAAGCGGCGCACCACCUCCUAGUGGUUUAUCAGCGCCUCCAAUCCCUACGGGAGCUCCACAAUUGGGAGAUAUUCUAGCCGGUGGUAUAUCUAAAUUGAAGCCAGUAAGCAAGGGAUCUUCAGCUCCUAGUCCACCCGCAGCUGGUGCUCCACCAAUUCCAAAAUCACCAAUUGGUACACCAAGGAUUCCUAGACCACCAUCGACUGGGGCGCCAAGGCCUCCUGUUCCACCAACAGCUGCACCUCAGAUCCCAUCAGCGCCAAUACCCUCUGUUCCCACAAGACCUCAAAGAGGUAGCAUGCAUAGAAAAUCUGGUUCCACAGGCGCCCCCAAACCACCAGUAGCUUCGGCACCUCCUGUUCCAGGUGCACCACCACCACCACCAGCCGCACCAGCACCUCCAGCCCCAUCAAUGUCGGCGCCUCCCCCACCACCAACCCCUCCUCCAGUGGCUGCUUCUUCGAGUAGCUUAUCAUCACCUCCUCCAGCACCUCCUAUGCCGGGUGGAUUGCCAUUCCUAGGAGAGAUUAAUGCCAGAAGAUCAGAUAGAGGUGCUACUGAAGGUUUGAGCAGUGGUGAUGGUUCAUCUGCUAGGGCACCUUCUGCGCCUCCAGCGCCCCCAGCGCCUCCUCCAUCGACUGCACCUCCUUUGCCUUCAGCGGCACCGCCGGUUCCUCAGGCUUCUGCACCGCCGGUUCCUACUACGAGACCAGGCGCCCCUUCAGUUCCUAGUGCACCUAAACUGCCUAGUGCAAGACCCACUAGACUAAAGUCUAUCAAGAAGUCCGAAAUUACUGCACCACCAGCACCACCAUCCGCACCAGCACCACCAGCACCAUCCGCACCAGCACCACCAGCACCACCAGCGCCUUCUGCAUCAUCAGUUCCUCCCCCACCACCAGCACCCCCGGCCCCACCAGCACCGCCAGCACCGCCAGCACCGCCAGCACCGCCAGCACCGCCAGCGCCACCUUCAAGUUCUGGUGGGGGACCACCACCACCACCACCUUUUUUGGCAGCUUCUACCCCAAACAGACCUUCGAAGGGACCGGGCAAAAAAGAGAAUACAGCCGUACCUGCAUCUGGUGGGCCUUUGCCAUUUUUGGCUGAAAUUCAAAAGAAAAGAGACGAUAGAUUUGUUGUUGAUGGUAAUUCAGGAUAUAGUACCGCGGCAGAUCAAGAGGACGUGGGCGCUGGUAGCUCGGCCGCUGAUUCAGCUCUUAAUGUGCCGAAGGCUGAACCGCUUUCAGGUGGAAGUAGUGGUGGUGGAAUGUCUUUCUUGGGUGAGAUUCAAAAUAAACUAAAGCACCAACAAAGCUCAGGUCCACGGUCAGCUUCAUCAGCUCCAGCUCCAGCUCCAGCCCCUGCACCACCUUCACCGGCGGCACCAGCUCCACCACUACCCACUGCAUCAGCUCCACCAGUCCCUCCGGCGACCCCAUCGAAACCAUCAAAACCACCCAAAAAUGUAUCAUCACGCAUUCCAUCGACGCCUUCUUCAUCGGCGCCUCCUGUACCUUCAGCCCCAUCAGCCCCAUCACCACCAUCAGCUCCUCCGGCUCCUCCGGCUCCCCCUACACCUCCUUCAACUUCUGCACCACCUCUGCCUGGUACAUCGGCUCCAAGGAAGCCAACUGCUCCACCUCCACCCCCAAUUUCCACAUCUUCCUCAUAUUCCGAAGAAGCAAGCAGAAGAGCGCCACCACCACCACCAUCACCAUCUGCUGGUCCUUCAUCUUUUGGUGAAACUGGUCACAACUUGAAACAAAGAUUAUUCUCAUCAGGGUCGUCAAAACUUAGACGUAACACUAACGAUCAUACUAAUUCUCCAGAUGUAGAUGUGGGAAAUGUUACGAUAAAUGGAAACCGUUCUUCUAGCAAUAGACUUCAAGUCAACGAUUCGAGAUUUAAAUGGAUAAAUGCGUCUCAGAUACCCAAACCUCCAAUGUUCCAAGGUAAGACUAAAUUAUACCCAAGCGGUAAAGGUUCUAGUGUCCCUCUAAAUUUGAGCCAAUACUCUUGA